UUGGGGGUUGGAGCCUCUCUCUCUCUGGCCUCCCUAUGCCUCCUGCUGCUAAUGAACUAUGCACGCGGUGCAGGGAGGGUUUCACUUUGCUGAAGCCCCAGGCCAUUAAUUUUCUUCCAGAGCCUUAUCCCUGUGGGAAACUCACUCUGCCACAGAGGAGGAGGCUGGAGUCCCUGAGCACCCACAGCAGCAAGGAUCCCCCAGAAGACAGUGGAGACCUGGAUCCCACCAUGAACCCUUUCGAUGGAGACCUGGAUCCCACCGCAAACCCUUUCGAUCUGCCAGGCUUGAAUAACACACAGCCAAGUUCUGCAGAGGAGGAGAACCCACUAGUCAGGAUAGUGGGAGGGAGGGACUGCAAUGAUGGCGAAUGCCCCUGGCAGGCUCUGCUCAUCAAGGAGAACAAUGAAGGAUUCUGUGGAGGCACCAUCCUGAAUGAGUUCUACAUCCUCACUGCUGCCCACUGUCUUGACCAAGCUAAGCUAUUCAAGGUGAGGGUAGGCGAUCGAAACACGGAGAAGGAGGACGGCAACGAGAUGGUGCACGAGGUGGAGGUGAUUGUAAAACACAAAGGGUUUGACAAUAAGACCUAUAACUGUGACAUCGCUGUCCUCAAGCUGAAGACGCCCAUCAAAUUCCGCAUGAACGUGGCCCCUGCUUGCCUGCCGGAGAAGGACUGGGCCGAGUCCACCCUCAUGACACAGAAAUCAGGCAUCGUGAGCGGCUUUGGGCGCAUCCACGAGAUGGGCCGCACGUCCGUCACGCUCAAGAUGCUGGAGGUGCCCUACGUGGACAGGAACACAUGCAAGCUGUCCACCCCCUUCAGCAUCACCCCAAACAAGUUCUGCGCCGGCUAUGACUCAAAGCUGGAGGAUGCCUGUCAGGGAGACAGCGGGGGUCCCCAUGUCACUCGCUUCAAGGACACCUACUUUAUCACGGGCAUCAUCAGCUGGGGAGAAGGAUGUGCACGGAAAGGAAAGUUCGGAAUCUACACCAAAGUCACCAACUUCCUCAAGUGGAUCGAGAAGUCCAUGAAAAAAACCAAGACCACUGCCGCUCCCCUGUCAUUAGAUUAAUGCCCUCCCCCCACCCCCAACACCCCUGGCAGCCAUUGGUGUCUCAUUGUGUGUUAACACGUGCCAGUCUGAACAGGCUGAA